AUGAAGGCCUCUCGCAGGCAGACCAGCUGCGCUGGCGGGAGGGGAGGAGGAGACCUUGGGCGUCGUUUCCUCUUCGUUGGCCUGGUGCUCUCCUCUCUUGUUUGUUGCAGCGCAUGCGACAAGGCGCCCUCGGCUGCGUCCUUCUCGCCCGCCACGCGCGUCACCGCUCAGCCUGUGGCGCGCCUGCCAAACAAGGCCGCUGCGGGCAUUUCGCAGCUAGAGAAGGCGAGGCACGCCGAGGCGCCGCAAGCGGAGCAGACCGGCGAGGCGCCGAGCAGAAAAACGAAGGAUGGCGUCGAGGCGCGAGGGAGCAGCGGGCGCCGCGAGGGAGGCCAGCAGAGGAAGCGCGGGAUGAGCACAUCCGACGACUACGCGCUUCCGAGAGGUGUCAAUCCAAGGCUCGCGGGCGCCUACAAGCCUAUUUUCUCCCCGCCUGCGGAGAGCUCGUUCGCCUACCCUCUGGCGCAGCUGGCGCGCGGGGAGGAGGAGGUCUCCUCCGCGUUCUUCAAGUGCCCCUCGACGGGGGCACUUAUCCCCUGGGCGAUGAUCAACGACAACUUCUGCGACUGCCGCGGCGACGGGUUCGACGAGCCGGGGACCGACGCGUGCAGCGGCGUCGCGCCUGUUCACUCCGCGGCGGCCAUGCGCUUUCGGGCCGCGCUGCAGGCCUUCCUAGCGGAGGAAGACGCGGGCGGGAGGCCCGCCGAGAGCGACGCCACCAGCCAGGCGCAGACGGGGCCCUGCCGCUGGCCGGGCGGAUGCGCUGGAAAGGAGUUCCGCAGACUGAAGGGCGCCUCCGGCUUCUUCUGCGCGAGCCAAGACGGCAGCGGCGCGUCCACAGGAAAGCCGCGCGUCAUCUCCCCCAUGAAAGUCCACGACGGCGUGUGCGACUGCUGCGACGGGUCUGACGAGGCUGCGGACGUCUCGCUGCUACCUGUGCGCGCAGUCGGCUACCGUCCUUUCGCGGCCUUUUUUCCAUUUGAGACCUCGCCGCAGCGGGCGGGGCCUUCGGCGGCGUGCGCGAACCGCUGCGAGGAGGAGGCAGCUGCGUGGGAGGCGUCGAGGCGCGAGGCGUCUGCGACAGUCGAGGCGGUCCGGGCGCAGGUCGCCGCGCAGGAGCAACAGGUCGCGCAGCUGCUGCGGCAGAAGGCCGAGGAGGCGGCGGCGCUCGAGACGGCCAUCCGCCGCCUCGAGGACGCGCUGAACUGCCAGUGGCUGGAGCGGCAGUGGCGCCACGCCGACGCCGGAAAGGGCGCUGCGCCGGCGCACGUACACCACAACGCGGCCUUCCAGCUGGCCGUGAAGCGCGAGAUCGUGGCAGCCCGCGAGGGCCCCAGAGGCCAGGCGCAGAAGGUGAAGGAGCUCGCCGCCCAGAGCGCUGACGAAGAGCUCCGCGGGUGGUGCGAAGCGCUGCUGAAGGACGUCCGGCAGGACGCGCGGAGGGGCGUUCAGCGCGAGACCGGCGCAGAGGCAGAAGCAGAACAAGAAGAGGAGGACGGUGACCUUGGCGUCGAGGCGGGCCUCGCGGCGGAGGUCGGCGCGCCGCCGCCCGCGACAUUUUCGCGCCCAGAGAAACUCGCGCUGUUCCCGCCGCCGCGCCCGCAGUACGAGCUCCUCGGGCAGGCGCAGCGGGCCGCGAAGGAAGCGGCUCGAGGCGCCCAGACAACGACAAGAGCAGUGGAGACGCGCACUGCCGCGCUCGCCGCCAAGGCCGCCGAGGCGCGCCGCGCGGCGCUGGAGGCGUAUUUGCAGCAGCAGAGGCGAGGCGCGGGGGAGAAGGGGGGGAAGGAGAGUGAGGAGAGUGAGGACGAAGAGGAGGCGAAGAGCGCGCGAGGCUCGGCCGUCGGCGCAGUUUUAGACAGCCUCUGGCAAAGCGCCGCCGGCGCCGCGCGCCGCGGAGUGCAGGCCGUCCAUGACGGCCUCGCCUGGAUGGGUCUUGCCCCCCAACCCAAGAAAGAAAAGAGGGGGUCGCUGCAUCGGUCUCUGGAGGAGCUCAAGGAGAAGAAAAAGAGGCUGAGCGCACAGCUGCGGCACGCGGAAGGCGUCAAAGGCCUCCUGGCGCCGCUCUACUCGACGUGUCUCUUCACCUUUGAUCUCCGCCGCAGGUUCGACUACCAGCUGUGUCUCUUUGACAGCGUGCGCCAAUUCCCCUACCGGCCGCGUCGCGCGCAGGAGGCGCUUGCGGCGUAUCAGGCGUCGGCGGCGCGCGAGGGCGAGCGACUGCCGGACACGGCGCGUUUCACGGGGGGUGCGGCGAAAGAGCCGUCCUUUCUGCUGGGCACGUUUGACUCGCUGGAGCUCGUGCGCUGCCCGCGGGGCUCCGCCGCCGCGCGCAGGCUCCUGCAGACUGCCCCCCGGGGCCUGCAGGCCUCCGCAAAGGCCCGAGCGGUGCAAAGCCGCACUGACGCCGCGACCGCCGCCGCGGAGGGCGCCGCAGGCAUCUCGUUUCGCCCCGAAGGCGAGAAGAAGGGCGCCGAAGAGGAGGAGGAGGACUCACUCGGCGACGACGGCGACCCCGGCGACCACCAGCUUUGCUUCUCCAUGCUCUUCCUCGACGGCGACAGCUGCGCCGACGACGUGCAACGUGAGACUGAGGCCCUCAUCCACUGCGGACCCGAGCUCGCCGUCGUUCAGGUCAGCGAGGUGGCGCCGUGUCGGUACGCGAUCGUCCUGACGACUCCGCUGCUUUGCCCGCGGGAGCAGCUCCUCGAACAGGAGAAAAAACAAUUCAAAGUGCUUCACGACGAGCUCUAG